UGUAAAUACUUAAAACCAAACACUUGUCUCGUCUCUGAUCCACCACAGAAGCCUUUUUUCAUUCAGCUUUGACGAGAUGGGAUCUUCAGUCCCCUCCUCAGCGUUUGACUCAAAGCUGUCUAAGUGCGUGACAGGGAAUUCAAGUCUGCUUGCAGGCUGUGACUUGCCAAUGAGAGCAACUACGCCUACUGCUUAUGUGUUGAAAAGCUAGGUGUUACAGAAGCAUGGAUGCACACUACUGAGGAAGAACUGUUUCUCUCAAUGUGGGAAUGGUGCAUUAACAUACCAACAAUACAGAGGCUGGGAGAUUCAAGAUGGCCACCCUGAAUAACACCAGAGAGGCGAACGAGAGCAGUCCCUAUCGCUGCCCCUUCGAUGAGGACUUCAAGUACAUCCUCCUGCCGGUCAGCUAUGGCCUGGUGUUCCUGGUGGGGCUGGUGCUCAACGUCCUGGCCAUGUACGUCAUCCUCUUCAGGACCAAGCGCUGGAAGUCCAGCACCAUUUACAUGUUCAACCUGACGGUCUGCGACACCCUCUACAUCCUGACCCUGCCCUUUCUCAUCUACUACUACGCUGACGAGAACGACUGGCCUUUCAGCGAGCCCUUCUGCAAGCUCAUCCGCUUCCUGUUCUACGCCAACCUGUACGGCAGCAUCCUCUUCCUCUCCUGCAUCAGCCUUCACCGCUUCCUGGGAGUCUGCUACCCCAUGCGCUCACUGCGGUGGGCCAGCGCUCGCUGGGCCCGGCUGGUGUCCGUCGGCGUCUGGGUGGCGGUGCUGGGCUUCCAGGCGCCCAUCCUCUACUUCUCGCGCACGCAGGAGUCAGGCGAGGAGAAGACGUGCUACGACACCACCAGCGCGGAGCUCUUCGACGACUUCCUGGUCUACAGCUCGGUCAUCUCGGUGCUCUUCUUCUGUGUGCCCUUCAUGGUGGUGAUGGUGUGCUACGGGCUGAUGGUGCGGAAGCUUCUGGAGCCCAGUGCGGGCGGGGCCAACUCACUGCGCUCCAAGCAGAAGUCGGUGAAGAUGAUCGUCAUCGUCCUGGCUGCCUUCAUGCUCUGCUUCCUGCCCUUCCACCUGACGCGCAGUCUGUACUACAGCUUCCGCUACCUGGAUGAAAAGAUCAGCUGCGACCUCCUGGAGGCGUCCAGCAUGGCCUACAAGGUCACCCGCCCGCUGGCCAGUGCCAACAGCUGCCUGGACCCCAUCCUCUACUUCCUGUCUGGGCAGGGCUUCCGCAGAAACCUCACCGUCGCCAGAAAGACCAAACAGAUUCGUAAAAGCACUUUGAAGUCUUCCACCACCCAGCUUUGAUGGGAGGAGAGAUGAUGGAACUCCUGGACCCUCACCUUAAGGACCUGAGGGCUUGCCGUAGUGUUGGAACCAUGGCAAGUGCUACAAUGAGGAAGAACAAGAAGUUACAACAUGACAGACUUACAGACAGCAAAGAGGCGAAAGGACUGUGCUGUAAAUUGUACUUUAUCAACAGUGAUAACUUAUGAGUUCUCAUAUGGGUGCCUGUGACUGUCCACAAAGACAAAGGACAUGAACUUAGGAGGAGAUCAGAUAAUGAUGUAGAAUUAGUUGGGGAGAAGUCAAACUAACACCCUAGCAAGCAUUCAAAAGCCACCAUGAUUAAUAGUUCACAAGCUAUGGGAGGAACACACAAGAUCACUGCUGACUUCAGUAGAAUACAGCCAGUAUCUGGUGGAGGUGAAUGCUGGCAGUCAGAGCCUGGCAAAAGAUGUUAUGUCAGUGGUCUAUGCUCUCUGUUCCAUAUAAAAUGUGUCAGUGUUCAUUUGUAUUUAGAUGGAAAGAGAGACAACCAGCCUGCAGAGGGAUAUAAAAUGAUGAAAUUUACCACCACAGUAAAUCAUGGUCGAGAAUCUAUUCCUGACCAUGCCAGCAUUGUCUGUGUUGAGCGGCUGGGCUGGCGUAGCAUUGCCCAGGAAGCAUGGGUUCCAAUGGGCAGGAUACCCCUGGGCUGAUCAGAAAGCUGGCAUUCCAUUACAUUAUUUGGCAGAUGCUUUUAUCCAAAGUAAUGUACAAGUGCAUACCGAAGAUCAUUGGAACAACAACAAAACACAGGUCCAAUAAGGUACAAUACUCAGUAUGUAACAGUAAUCCAUAGCCAUGAACACAGUAGGCAUAGGCUAGGUCAUAAAGUUAUGGUAAG